AACAACCCCUAAAAAAAGAACAACCGUUUAAACCGGGCCAAUACAGCAAUCCAAGCCCAUUAUUCACCGCUCCCUUCUCUCUCCUUUUCUUCUAUAUAUAGAUUCAUACACAUUUUGGGAUGAUUUUGCCUCUUCUUCUAUGUCAUUGUCUCUUAUCUGUUUCUGCUUCUGGAUUGUGAUGGUAUGGGGAUCCCAGCUGUACUUGUUGUGCUUCCUCUGGGAAUGCUCUUCAUUCUCUCGGGUCUUAUCGUGAAUCUCAUCCAGGCAGUUUUCUUUGUUCUUGUUCGCCCUGUGUCGAAGAAUCUGUACAGAAAGAUAAACAAAGUAGUCGUGGAAUUGUUGUGGUUGGAGCUCAUAUGGCUUGUUGAUUGGUGGUCAGGUGUUAAGGUAGAUGUGUAUGCUGAUAAGGAAACUUUUGAAUUAAUGGGUAAAGAACAUGCACUGUUGAUAUGCAAUCACAGGAGUGACAUUGAUUGGCUUGUUGGAUGGGUCUUAGCUCAGCGCUUUGGUUGCCUUGGCAGUGCUUUAGCUAUCAUGAAGAGAGAAGCUAAAUUUUUGCCAAUCAUUGGUUGGUCAAUGUGGUUUUCUGAUUACGUCUUUGUGGAAAGAAGCUGGGCUAAGGAUCAAAGCACAUUAAAGUCAGGUUUUGAAAGACUGGAAGAUUUUCCUAUGCCAUUUUGGUUGGCUCUUUUUGUGGAGGGAACUCGUUUUACGCAGGAAAAGCUUCUUGCUGCUCAAGAGUAUGCUUCUCCAAGAGGGUUGCCAGUUCCUAGAAAUAUUUUGAUCCCUCGUACAAAGGGUUUUGUUUCUGCAGUUUGUCACAUGCGCUCGUUCGUUCCAGCAAUUUAUGACUGCACGAUGGCUGUUCCCAAAGAUCAGCCUGCACCUACUAUGCUAAGAAUGUUUAGAAGGAAAUCCUCUUUGGUUAAUUUGCAAAUCAGGCGACAUCCAAUGCGGGAACUGCCAGAAACAGCUGACGGCAUUGCACAGUGGUGUAAAGAUGUCUUUGUGACCAAGGAUGCAUUAUUGGAGAUGUACUAUGCCAAGGGAGUGUUCAGUGAUCAAGAACAUCGAGACAUCCUUCGACCCAAAAAGUCUUUGACUGUCGUCAUUUUCUGGGCAUGUCUCCUUAUAUUUGGCAUUGUCAUGUUGUUCAAAUCAACUUCUUUCCUAGCUUCAUGGCCAGUCAUUGGAUUUACAGUGACCUUCUUGGUCCUUGUCGCAAUAACUAUGCAAAUCCUCAUUCAAUCUUCUGAGUCAGAACGUUCUACUCCGCCCUCAAAGUUGACGCAGCCCGACCCAAUGAGCGAGAGGCUUAUUAAGAAAUGAGUUGUGAAACUGCCUUUGGUCAUUGGUGGGAAAUUGAUUGCAUAGGUUGUCGCUUGCUGAAGGUCCUUUUUCCUUUGUAUCAUAGUUGUUUCUGCUGCAUUCUCUAACAAAACACGAUUAUGUGUGUAUAUUGAUCGAUUGAUUCAUUCAUUCAUCUAUAAAGUUGUUCUUAUUCUGGCUCCCUUUGUAUAAGAACUGCCUAUUGUUCAAGGGAAAGAACAUUUUGUAUGAGGAUUCUGCUUGUGCCCAAGAAGUG